UUUUUAACUUCCUGGUUCUUUAUGACGACAUGUAAAUGGCGGAGAUAUUUAAUGCAUUGUUUCCAUCAAAAUGAGACUUAAGAUUGCCCUAGAUCGCCUCAAACCAACUUUUCUCUUUCUAUCGUGUGUUCUGGUCACAGCAAAAGCCUGCACUUCCGGUUGGUUUGGUUCCAAAUGUCAGUUCAUGUGUCACUGCAGCGCAAACGGCAUUUGUGACGACACUGGCAGGUGUUCGACGAAAUGUGACAACGGAUGGUUUGGCCAAACAUGUCAGUAUCAGGACCUGGCCACUAUACCAGGUGCUACAAUAACAACACUGCCCACACAGACCACACUAACCUGGCUGACAGACAGAGAUGAAACAACGUGUAAUGUGGACGACAAGCUUACAUCCAUACACAUCUCUUGGGACACGCCAUUUCCUUUUACCUGGCUAAGACUUAAUGUCAACACUCCAGAUUCCCUACUUGCAUUUACUGCAGCAUUCAAGCUUUCUACGAACGCUUCAACUUUUAGUUGUAACAAUCCUUCAGUAGCUAUAAUAGACAGUAAAACAGUGGACUACAGAUGUAAUUUGAAUGACACUAUAACACAACUGAUAUUAACAGGACCUGGCCUCAAGUCGAUAUGCUCUCUUUACAUAAGUGGAGGUCGUAAUGUAGCCUUACGCCAAUCAGCUGAACAGACAAGUACAUAUAUUGGUAAUGGUUUAGACUUGGGCCCUUCACUGGCUGUUGAUGGGAAUGCUCAUUGUAGAAUAGGUACCACAUCCCAUACUGAUGCUGAACCGAGUCCUGCUUGGACAGUUACUCUAGAAAAUUCUAAAGUGGUAAAUAGAUUUGUCAUAUACAACAGAGCCGACUGCUGUUUAAAUCGUUUGAAGAAUUUUAUUUUGACCUCGCUUGAUAUCAACAACAACACAUUGUGGACUUAUCAGGACACAACUCCAGAGGCUGCCUUAAUCUACACAUUUACCAGGCUGCAAAGCGAUCCUAUCUCUAGGAUAAGAAUUGUCCCUACAGUCAAAGAAAGUUCUGACACUCAAUAUGUAGUUGCGUUGUGUGAGGUUUUGAUGUAUGGAGACUGUGUGCCCGGAAGCUGGGGCUUGGAAUGCGAUAAAACUUGCCCCGUGGAAUGCCCUGCCUCCUGUCAACCAGAAACUGGAAAGUGUUUCGAAUGCGUUGGUCACAGUGACCCACCUUUAUGCAAUACAGCCUGUUCGAUUGGUCAGUGGGGUCUUAAUUGUAUCAACCAGUGCAGUAUAAAUUGUUACAACAGAUCAUGUGAUAGUACGACUGGUGUUUGUGACAAGGGAUGUAAUGGAUUUACAGAUCCUCCUAUUUGUAUUACAGCCUGUUCAAAUGGUCAGUGGGGUCUCAACUGUAUCGCCCAGUGCAGUAUAAAUUGUUACAACAGAUCAUGUGAUAGAAUGACUGGUGUUUGUGACAAGGGAUGUUAUGGAUUUACAGAUCCUCCUAUUUGUAAUACAGCCUGUCCAAGUGGUCAGUGGGGUCUCAACUGUACCAACUUGUGUAGUAUGAAUUGUUACAACGGAUCAUGUGAUAGGACAACUGGUCAGUGUGACAAAUGAUGUAACGGAUUUAUCAAUCCACCAUAUUGUAAUACAGAUUGCAGUGUUGGCACAUGGGGACCCAACUGUCAAUUUCACUGUCGAACUAAUUGUUACAACAUGACAUGUAACAAGGUUACUGGAGUUUGUAACAGCGGAUGUAUGGGCUACAUGGACCCACCAGACUGUAUCGU